ACCACGGCAUCGCCCGCGGCCUUGGGAAGAACUUCCGCGGAGCGAUCGGCCAUGGCGGCGUCUCUCCGAGCGUCGACGUCCUCGCUCCGCUCGCGCCUCCUCUCCUCCUCCGCCGCCUGGUCUCCCUGGCGCUCCCUCCUCUCCUCCUCCGUCCACUCGGAUGCCGCCCAUCAGACCGAAACCCUCGCCUUCGACGAGAUCCAGCUCUCCCCCGAGAAGCCGUCCACCGCCACCGCCUUCGUCCUCCACGGCCUCCUGGGCUCCGGCCGCAACUGGCGAACCUUCUCCCGCUCCCUCGCCUCCCAGCUCCGCGACCGCUCCCCCUCCGAUGAGUGGAGGAUGGUUCUUGUGGAUCUGAGGAACCAUGGGAACUCAGCCAGGAUCAAAGGGUUGUCCCCGCCCCAUACUAUGUCGACUGCAGCGAAGGAUCUCGCCGAUUUGGUGAAGGCUCGGGGCUGGGCAUGGCCGGAUGUUGUCGUGGGUCACUCCAUGGGUGGAAAGGUUGCGCUGGAUUUUGCGGAGAGUUGUUCCCGUGGGGACUACGGUGGAUCCGCUGCUCUUCCCAAACAGCUCUGGGUGCUUGAUUCUGUCCCUGCAGAAGUAAAAACAGAUAACAGUGAUGGUGAAGUUGAACGGGUUUUGCAGACACUAGCAAGUCUUCCUUCAUCGCUUCCAUCACGCAAGUGGGUUGUUGACCACAUGGUCAACCUUGGAUUUUCCAAAUCACUCUCAGAAUGGAUUGGUAGCAACUUGAAGAAGGACAAUGAGCAUGUGACCUGGGGUUUUGAUCUUCAGGCCGCCACAGACAUGUUUACUUCAUAUAGAGAAAGAAGCUACUGGGGACUGCUGGAGAACCCACCAAAGGGUCUGGAGAUUUCAAUUGUACAAGCAGAGCAGAGUGAUAGAUGGCAUGCUGAUGAUGUGCAGAGACUAAAAGCAUUGUCAAGGAGAGGCGGCAAUCCUGAUGCUGGGAAAGUGUCACUCCACGUUCUCCCCAACUCCGGCCAUUGGGUUCACGUUGACAACCCCAAGGGGUUACUCGAGAUUAUGGUGCCUAACUUCCUCUCCACCGUUCAAAAUUGACAUGUUGACUAUCAACUGCAGCCUUUAUGAUAGUUUCUUCUUGCUUUUGACCAACAAAGGAUAACAGAUUUGUGCACUCUUUUUUGUGAUUGGCUGGGGGCAUUUUGUGCUAUCUGUUAAUAAAAAGUGAUUUUAUUUUA